GUAUAAAUAUAUUUGAUAACCAGCUGAAAAUAAUCACUCGAGGCAGAAAAAGCAGACUGUGGACUUCUCUGUUGACUUUAACAGACCUUUUGACAAUGGCAAACAUCGUUCAUGUAGAAUGUAGAGUGGUGAGGGAGGACGUCGAUGAGGAAAUUCAGAGGAUUUGUGAUAAGGUGAAGGGCCCAGUGGAGGAAUUCACAGGCAAGACCUAUGAGGUCUACAAGGCCGUUAAAUACAGGAGCCACCCUCCUCUGGGUAAUGGAAACUUCCUCAUCAAGGUUUUUGUUGGAGUGGAGGACUACAUUCAUCUGAGUGUCCAUGAAGUCAGGACCCUUGUCCUAGGAAUGCCCAGGCCCAUAGAAAUGCUGCAAGGUGUGGAGCAGCGAAGAACCAAAGACGACCCCCUUGUGUCUUUUGUUAACACAUUUAAAUGGUCCUCUUCCACAGCCACUGAAUAACAUAAUCUGUGAUGUUAAAAAGAAUGCUUAAUCAAUCAUAAAAAAUAAACA